GUGUGCUGUGUUUGCAGGUACUUGCUGUGUAUGUAAAGGUGAACGUUUCAGACGUGCACGUGAAGAUGGCCACCGUGGGUGUGAUGUCAGAGGCGUCUGAGGGCGGAGACAACAACGAAUUCACUGACAUCAUCAAGUGGAGAUCAGUGAUGAAGGAUGUGAUGUCGAGUCUUCAGCAGACGAACAGUGAGAAGAUUCUGCUGAGCUGGGUGAGGAACUGCACCCGGAGCUACAACAGCGUCAACGUGCUCAACUUCACCAGCAGCUGGGCUGACGGACUCGCCUUUAACGCCAUCCUACACCACUUCAGGCCUCAUGGCUUCAGCUGGGAGAAGGUGGUCAGUCUGACGCCUGUGGAGAGACUGGAGCACGCUUUCACCUUCGCCAAAGACCAGCUCAACAUCGAGAAGCUGCUGGAUCCAGAAGAUGUGGCGGUGCAGCUGCCGGAUAAGAAGUCCAUCAUCAUGUACGUGACCUCACUGUUCGCCGUCUUACCCAAUGACAUCACCAUGGAUGACAUCAGAGAGGUGGAGACGCUGCCCCGACGCUACAAGGUGGAGACCGACGAGGGACACCCGGGCUUUGCGGGUGAGGUGGAGGUGGACAGCAGCAGCAGCAGCAGCACACGGGCCGAGACCCUGGCGGAGCUGCAGAUGGAGGUGAAUCUGGACUCGUAUCAGAUCACUCUGGAGGAGGUGCUGACCUGGCUGCUGUCGGCCGAAGACACGCUGCACAUGCAGGAGGACGUUUCUGAAGACGUGGAGGAGGUCAAGGACCAAUUCCACACGCAUGAGGCGUUCAUGAUGGAGCUGACGGCGCACCAGAGCAGUGUGGGAAACGUCCUGCAGGCAGGAAACCAGCUGAUUGCUCAAGGAAACCUGAGUGAAGAAGAAGAGGAGGAGAUCCGGGAACAGAUGACACUGCUCAACUCACGCUGGGAGAACCUGCGCGUCGCCAGCAUGGACCGACAGUCCAGGCUUCAUGAGGUCCUGAUGGACCUGCAGCAGCAGCAGCUUCAGCAGCUCUCUGAUUGGCUGACACAGACAGAGGGGCGGAUCCGGAAGAUGGAGAUUGAGCCAAUAGCAGGAGACAUACAGGGAUACCUGACCCAGAUAGAGCAGCACAAGGCAUUGCAGAAUGACCUGGAGGCGGAGCAGGUGAAGGUGAACUCUCUCACACACAUGGUUGUGGUUGUGGAUGAGAACAGCGGUGAGAGCGCCACUGCUGCCCUGGAGGAGCAACUGCAGUCACUGGGUGAGCGCUGGGCGGCAGUGUGUCGCUGGACGGAGGAGCGCUGGAACAAACUGGAUGAAACUCAGCUGGUGUGGCAGAGGCUGCUUGAUGACCAGAGUUUAUUUGGGUCAUGGCUAACCGAAAAGGAGAAGGCCUUGGGUGAAGUGCAGACCUGUGAUUUUAAAGACCCCAGUGACAUUAAUGCCAGCGUCCGCAGAUUGGCUAGUCUUAAGGAGGAUAUGGCCCAGAAGCGCAGGACUUUGAGCGCUCUGUCAGACGCUGGUCAAGAUGUGAUGGUGCUGUUGAACAGUCCAGCCGCAGCUCAAAGGAUCGAAUCCGACACAGAACUUUUGACCCAGCGCUGGGACAACCUGGUCCAGAAACUAGAGGACUGCUCCAGCCAGGUGACUGAAGCAGUGUCUGUGACGGGGAUGCCUCAAGUACAGGAGAAAGUCUUGAUGGAGACAUUAACAGUCACAACUGUAACAACACGGAUGGAGCAAACCUACAGCAGCAGCGACCGAGAGCUGCCACCACCCGCUCCACCCAAAAGAAGACAUCUGGACACAGACGGAGAGCUCAGGAGACUAGCUGAAACCGAUGUCCCCAAGCUUUUGUCCGGUCUGGCUGCAUGGAGAUCAUCUGCCCAAACUGCUGGAGACUCUUCUUCCUUGAAGGAAUCACUGCAGGUCCUGGAAGUGGAUCUUGCUGAGAGCGAGGGCUCGGUGAAGGAGCUGACGCAGAAAGCAGAGAAGAUGAUUGAACAGCUGGAGAAAGAAGGUCUGUCUUCGGAGGAGGCUCGGUCUGGCCUGGAGUCUGUUUGUAAAGAGUGGGAGAGCUGUCAGACGCUGAUCCAGGAGCUGAGGAGCCGGGCUGGGCUUCUUGAGCGGCUGGCGGAGGUGGAGUCUGGACUGAAGGCUGUAGAUGAAGCCCUGCAGGAACAGAAGAACUGGAUGAACAACACAAACGAGUUUAGAGAGAAGGAAAACCUGCAGGAGCUCCAGACGCUCAAAGACGACUGUGAGGCUCGUAUUACGGAGCUGGAAAAGCUCCAGCCGCAAAUGGAGGAUCUUCGUACUCAGUCGGAGCGUCUGAACCCUGAAUCCGCUGAUUCUCUGAGGUCCAGCGUGACAGAGUUAGCAACAAACUACAGCUCCACUGUUCAGGAGCUCAGGAGCCGACAGCGGGACAUCACUGCAGUUUUGUCCAAGCUUGUGGGCUCCAGAGCGCUGCAGCAGAUGGAGUCCAGACUAAACAGCAUCGGCGCUGAAAUCAGAGACGUCACCACAGCUGAACAGGCCAUCAAUAAAGCCCAGGCCUUCAGUGUGGAGUUGGAGCAGCAGCGGGGGUCAGUGCUGGACUCGGUGGACCAGCAGUGUUGGACUGAUCUCUCCACCGCUGCUCAGGAUCAGCUCAGCAUGCUGCAGUGCAUUCUGGGAAGCAUGAAGGACUCGCAGGUGAAGAGUGCAGAGGUGCAGCGAUGGCUCAAUGCCGUGGAGGAGCUUCUGUCUCGAGACGCCGGCAGCUUCAGAAACACUGAUAAACUACAGGAGGAGUUCAAACAGUGCAAGGAGUUGUUGGCGGAGAUGGAGAGCGUGGACUCAUGUCUGAAGCAGAUGAAGGAAAACGUGACGGCCGUUCAGCAGAGUUCAGUGCCAGGAUUGGUUGUUUGGGGGCAGAAAGAGCUUGAAGACAGCCAGAGACGCUGGGACUUGCUCAGCAAACAGCUGUUGAGGCGAGACGAGUGUGUGAGUGAAGGACAGGAGAAAGUGUCGAAUCUGAAGAAGGACGUGGCGGAGAUGCGGGAGUGGAUGAUUCAAGUGGACGAGGAGUUUCUGAUGAGAGACUUUGAGUACAAGAGCCCUGAGGAGCUGGAGGAGGCCCUGCAGGAGAUGAAGAGAGCGAAAGAGGAUGUGUUACAGAAGGAAGUGCGUGUGAAGAUAUUGAAGGACAAUAUUAAUGUGCUGAUCAGCAAGACGCCCCCUGGUGGACCAGAUCUGACCCCCGAACUCAACGAGGUGCUGCACAACUACCAGAAACUGUGUGAUCGCUUCAAAAGCAAGUGCCACACACUCGAGGAGGUGUGGUCCUGCUGGAUUGAGCUGCUGCAGUAUCUGGAUGUGGAGUCUGCCUGGCUGAACACACUGGAGGAGAAAGUCCAGCAAACUGAAAACAUCCCCGAAAACACACAGGCCAUCAGCGAGGCUCUGGAGUCUGUGGAGUGUGUCGUGCGUCAUCCGUCUGAUAAUCGCACUCAGAUCCGCGAGCUGGCGCAGACGCUCAUCGACGGAGGAAUCCUGGACGAACUCAUCAGCGACAAACUGGAGAACUUCAACACACGCUACGAUCAGCUCACACACACGGCCGCAGAGCGUCAGAUGUCUCUGGAGCAGCAGUUGUCGACUCUGCGGGAGAGCGAGACGGCGUUACACACACUCCAGACGUCCCUCACACUGCUGGACCAAACACUCACAUCAUACCUCACUGACCGCAUUGAUGCAUUCCAGCUGCCGCAGGAGGCUCAGACGAUUCAGGUGGAGAUUGCAGCCCAUGAGGCCACAAUGGAGGAUCUGCGGCGGAGGAAUGUGGGUAAUGUUCCUCUGACCGCCUCAGAGGGCAAACCAGUGCGAGGAGGAACCCAGCUGGACCAGAUACAGCGUAAACUGCGUGAGAUCAGCACCAAAUUCCAGCUGUUUCAGAAGCCGGCCAACUUUGAGCAGCGAAUGCUGGACUGCAGGAGGAUUCUGGAGAGCGCUAAAGCUGAGCUGCACAUCCUGGACCUGAAGAACACACAACCCGACGAGAUCCAGACACACCUGAGCGGAUGCAUGAAACUGUAUAAGAUCUUGAGCGAGGUGAAGCUGGAGGUGGAGACGGUGAUUAAAACCGGACGACAGAUCGUACAGAAACAACAGACGGAGAAUCCUAAAGAAAUGGACGAGCAGCUGACCGCCCUCAAGUUACUCUACAAUGAACUGGGCGCUCAGGUGACCGAGGGUAAGCAGGAUCUGGAGAAGGCCUUGAGUCUGUCUCAGCGUGUGCAGAAGGAGAGCGCCGCCCUGCAGGUCUGGAUGAAGAACAGCGAGACUGAGCUGAAGGAGAAGCUGAGCACUGCAGACAUGCCUGCAGACAUCGACAGCGAGAUCAGCUGGGCCAACGGUGUGCUGAAGGAGUCUGAGCGCAGGAAGAGUGAUCUGUCAGUGCUGAUGGAGGACAGCGCCGCCCUGCAGGCCUUAGUGGAGGGGAGCGAGGCUCAGCUGGAGGACCGGCUCUUUGAGCUCAAUGAGGAUUGGGAGAGAGUGCACACACUCAUAGAGGACUGGCUCAGCGCUGUACUGAAUCACAGGCGUGAGGUGGAGAUGUUUGAUGAGAAUCUGGCUCAUAUCAGCACGUGGCUCUAUCAGACGGAGAUACGACUCGACGAGAUGGAGAAGAAACCUGCAGCCGACAGACAGAGGAUCAUACAGGCGGUGCUGUGUGAGCUGGUGGAGAUGACGGUGCGUGUGGACAGCGCUCGAGAUCAGGCUGUGAUCCUGAUGACCAGCAGAGGGCCGUCCUGCAGAGAGCUGGUGGAGCCCAAACUGGAGGACCUCAACAGAAACUUCCAGAAGGUGGCGCAGCACAUCAGCUCUGCACAGGAGUCUGCAGGUUUGAAGGUGCAGCAGGAGGUGACAGACCGGAGAUCAGCCGCUCUUCUGUCCUCCUCACAGCUACAACUCUUUGAGUCGGAGCUACAGGACGCUAUCAGAGCUCUGGAGCAGCAGCAGAAAACACACACCGCUGACCAGCACCGGCAGCUGGAUGAGGAGAAAGCUGAUGUUGAGGAGCUGUUGAGGAGAGGAGAGGAGCUGCUGCCGUCUGUGUGUGACGAGGACAGAAGAGAAAACAUCCGCUCAACACUCCUGCUCCUACACACACGCUACAAGGAUCUUGAUAUCAGCAGAGCUCCGGCUGUAUCUGAAUCUGCGCUGGAGUUUUCUUCUGUUCCUCUUCAGAGAUCAGAGUCGUCUGUCUCUCCACAGGACCAGAGGAGUGUGUGUGUGUCUCCGUCUGAGCACAGGAGUGUGUGUGCGUCUCCGUCAGACUAUCUGCUGGACAUUAAUAAAGUGCUGCUGGCCAUGGCGGACAACGAGCUGCUGCUGAACUCCUCUGAGCUCAGCGGAGGCCUGUUUGAAGACUUCUCCAGCCAAGAGGACACACUCAGGAGUAUAAAGCAGAGUCUGGAUUGUUUGGGGGAGCAGGUCCAGCUGAUCCAUGAGCUGCAGCCUGACGUCAUUCUGGAAGCGUCCAGACAGGAGACCACCCAGAUCGCAGACGCUUUGACCCAGCUGAACUCAGAGUGGGACCGGGUCAACCGCAUGUACAGCCAGAGGAAAGGGAGUUUUGACGGAGCGCUGGAGGAGUGGAGGAGGUUUCACUGUGAUCUGACUGAGCUCUCGCAGUGGCUGAGCGACACCGAGCAGAGACUGACUGACGGAGAGCUGGAUGCGGAGCACACACACACACAGCAGCAGGAUCUGGAGCAGGGCGUGUCCUCUCAGGAGAGUGUUCUGCUGGAUUUGAGCAGGUCUGGACAGCACAUCAUCUCUCAGGUUUCCUCCGCUGACGGCGCUCUGCUGCAGGAGAAACUGGACACACUGAGACGCCGCUUUACACACGUGCAGAGAGCAGUGUCUGAACGCCAGCGCAGGCUGGCGGGUGGAGAUCCGGCUGUGGUGGAGGUUCUUCAGAGGACUGAUGCACUGGCGCAGUGGCUGCAGCACACAGAGCGCGCUGUGGAAACACUGACUGUUUCAGCCACUGACACUAACCUCAGAGAACUCAAGUGUCUGAUGGAGCAGAUGGACGGUCAGAACGAGUCUCUGUCGUGGCUGAAUAAGAGCGGCUCUCAGAUCCUGUCCAACUGCAGUCUGAGUGCUCAGGACAGAGACGCUCAUGUCAGCAAAAUAAGACAGAUCAACAUGCGCUGGAGUAAAGUGAGUGUUGAGCUGCUGGAUAAGGUGCGUGAGGUGGAGGCUGGUCUGCCCACACACACUCCUCCGCUGCAGGACGAGAGCCGCUCGUAUGGCCAGUUCCAGGAGCGCAUCAACACACUGGGAGACUGGGUGUACACCAGCAGCCGGAGCCUGAGCGACGACACACACUCUGACAGACAGGCUGUGGAGAUGUCCAUGCUGGAGCAGAAGUGUGAGCUGGAGGAUCUGCUGUCGUACUCUAUUGAGCUCCAGAGGAAACAGCUGCUUUUACCACAGGAGAAGAGUAAAAUCGAGAAGCUGGCAGCUGACUGGAAAGCUCUGGACGUGCGACAGAAGGAGACUCAGCAGCCGGCCGUGUCCCCAUGGGUUUCUCAGCAGGUUUCUCCGCAGACGUUCGCAGCGAGCGUCCCUUCUGCAGUGCACAUGGUCAGUCUGCGGAGCGAGGAGCGGCGCCGCAGCCCGGAGCUGAUGAUGGGACCCAGCGAGCUCCACCAGACGGCCACAGAGCUGGCGGACUGGCUGCUGCUCAUACACCAGAUGCUCAAGUCCAACAUCGUCACGCUCGGAGACAAAGACGAGAUCCGCACCACCAUCGGCCGCCUGCAGGUGACCAAAGGUGAUCUGGAGCAGAGACACCCUCAGCUGGAGGAUAUCAUCACACUGGCCCAAAACAUCAAGAACAAAACCUCCAACCUGGACGUGCGCACAUCCAUCUCGGAGAAGCUGGAGAAAGUCCGCAGCCAAUGGGACAGCACACAGCAUGGCGUGGAGACACGGCUUCUGCAGUUGGACCACAUGAUUGGCCACAGUGACCAGUGGGAGGAGCAGAGGCGCAAGGUGAAGGCUCUGAUUGGCCAGAAUGAGCUGCGUUUGAAUAACCUGCUGCAGCAGAGCCGAGAGCCGCUCACCAAACAGAUCAGCGACAACAAGGCGUUCCUGCAGGAGCUCAGUCGAGGACAGGAGAGCGUUUCUGCUUUUAAUGAACUGUCCAAUCAGCUGCUGCAGGACUACGCCAAUGACGACACGCGCAAGGUCAAAGAGGUCAUGGACACACACAACAACUCCUGGAACAGCAUCAACAACAGGGCAUCAGAUCGUCAGGCUGCUCUGGAUUUAGACCUGAAGUCUGUGCAAACGUCGCUCCGGGAGCUUGAGUUAUUCCUGAAGUGGCUCCACGAGUCGGAGACUACAGUCAAUGUGUUAUCAGACGCCGCCCAGAGGGAGGGGCUUUCUCAAGACUCCGCCCACAACAAACAACUGAAGUCUCAGCUCGAGGACAUCCAGGCGGAGAUCGAGGCUCAUAAUGAUGUGUUCAGGAGUGUGGAGGGCAAUAAGCUGAAGAUGGUGAAGGCUCUGGGCAGCUCAGAGGAGGCUGUGUUUCUGCAGCAGAGACUCGACGACAUGAACCAGCGCUGGAGCGACCUGAAGGCCAAAUCAGCCAACAUACGGGCUCAUCUGGAGGCCAGUGCCGAGCGCUGGAACCGACUUCUGUCGGUGCUGGAGGAUCUGAGCCGCUGGAUCGGUUUGAAAGAUGAAGAGCUGAACAAACAGAUGCCCAUCGGAGGAGACGUGCCCACAUUACUGCAGCAGCAGACGCACGGCAUGUCAUCAGAGUCAGACAACGUGCUGGGAUCAUCCCAAGAUGACAGAGCUCUACCAUUCUCUCUCGGCUGCAGAAAGCUCUCUGCUUGGAUCUCCUGGAUCUGGGUGUUGCUCAGUCCAUGUUCCAGCAGCACAAGUUGACAGUGAACUCUCAGCAGCUCUCGGUUCCAGAGAUCAUCAACUGUCUGACGUCAGUGUAUGACGGCCUGGAGCAGGAGCACAAAGACCUGGUCAACGUGCCGCUGUGUGUGGACAUGAGCCUCAACUGGCUGCUCAACGUCUACGACACGGGUCGCAGCGGGAAAAUCCGCGUUCUGUCCAUGAAGAUUGGUCUGCUCUCUCUUUGCAAGGGUCAUCUGGAGGAGAAAUAUAAAUGUCUGUUUAAUCAGGUGGCGUCUGCGGGCGGGACGUGUGACCAGAGGCAGUUGGGUCUCCUUCUGCAUGAUGCCAUUCAGAUCCCCCGGCAGCUGGGCGAGGUGGCAGCGUUCGGCGGGAGCAACAUCGAGCCCAGCGUCCGCAGCUGCUUCCAGCAUGUGACCAAUAAGGUUGAGCUGGAGCCGAGGCAGUUUAUUGAUUGGAUGAGGCUGGAGCCGCAGUCUAUGGUUUGGCUGCCGGUUCUACACCGAGUUGCUGCGGCAGAGACGGCGAAACAUCAGGCCAAGUGCAACAUCUGCAAAGAGUUCCCCAUCGUCGGCUUCAGAUAUCGCAGUUUAAAGCACUUCAACUAUGACGUCUGCCAGAGCUGUUUCUUCUCUGGUCGCACAGCGAAGGGUCAUAAACUGAACUACCCGAUGGUGGAGUACUGCACACCGACCACCUCAGGAGAAGACAUGCGGGAUUUCACCAAAGUCUUAAAAAACAAGUUCCGCUCGAAAAAGUAUUUCGCCAAGCACCCUCGCCUGGGGUACCUGCCCGUCCAGACGGUCCUCGAAGGAGACAACAUGGAAACUCCGGUCACUCUCAUCAGCAUGUGUCCGGAGCACUAUGAGCUCUGUCCAUCACCGCAGCUCCCUCAUGAUGACACACACUCACGGAUAGGGGAGUACGCCAACAGGCUGGCACAGAUGGAGCGAUCCAAUGGCUCUCUGCCCACCGACAGCAGCUCGGCCACUGGAAGCAUGGACGAGGAGCACGCUUUGAUCCUGCAGUACUGCCAGACAUUGGGAGGGGAGGGCUCAUCUUUCAGCCAGCCACAAAGCCCCGCCCAUAUCAACAGGACCCCCGCCCACAACACCCACAGCCCCUCCUACCUGCUCCAGAGCCCCGCCCAGAUUCUGCAGGCAGUGGAGAGGGAGGAGCGAGGAGAGCUGGAGCGAAUCAUAGCACGGCUGGAGGACGAUCAGCGGGUUCUGCAGAGGGAGUAUGAAGAACUGCGGUUUCAGUACGGUCAGCCUGGCGCCGCAGCUGCUAGCGGAGCCCCAGAUGAAGCUGAUCUGCUAGCUGAAGCUAAACUCCUGCGACAGCACAAGGGACGACUGGAGGCCCGCAUGCAGAUUCUGGAGGACCACAACAAACAGCUGGAGUCUCAGCUUUACCGACUGCGCCAGCUGCUGCAUCAGCCCGAGUUAAACGGCACAUCAUCAUCCAGCUCUCUCCAUCAGGAUGCAGCAGGACAGCCCGAAAUCUCGGACGAGUUUCUCCAUCAGUGUGCUAACAGUAACUCUGCUCUGGCGGAGGUUAUGGAUCAGAUUAACCACAGUUUUCCUGCAUGCUCUCCGUCGAGUGUGUCCUCAAGACCGAAGGUGAAGUGAGCCGUAAUCCAGAAGAUCCCCAUUCCCGAGAUGCAGAUUCCCGUCUGUUUCCCUCCAGCCCAAAGACUCUGGAACAGACCACGCUCCCAUUCAGAAACUAGGACUACUGCAUCUGUCUGUACUAUGCAACUGUACAUUUGAUCAACACAUGUAGAUUGUACGUGAGGUGUAUCUGCCCGUUCUUUUCAUACUCCAGAUGAUUAUUUAGGGUUACGGGGGGGCAUUAAUCAUGUAUCCUGUAUGCUUUUAUUUCUGUGCUCACCGAGGAAUCCAUCUCUCGCGUCUUUCUACACAUGUGGUUUUUUCGUUCAGUCAGAAAAUGUGGCGGAGAUUAGGAGGAAUUGGUCUCGUGAUGCUGAAGUGUUCGCGCAUGUUGCCCCCCAGCAUAUUUCUGUUGACGUUUUGACAGUGUUUGCCGUGAAAACUCCCUUUAAAGCGUUGUUUUUGAGCAUUUUAAACCCUCACUGCAUUUCUAGAGCGCACAUACAGAUGAUGUACAACACAAAUGCUUAAAGAAACGAAAAAGAAAACACCCUUUUGUGCCUAUAAAGCGUCCAUUCCAGGAGAGAUGCCGCAUUUCUCAAGAAAAAAGUCAUGUAGAGAGAUUAUAUUAUAAGAGUCGGAUGUAGGACAAUGUGGAUUUCCGGGAUGUUUGGCCCCAAGAUGAUUUAUCUUUGUGUAGUAUAGUUUUAUAAAUAAAAAAUUUAAUUAGAGAAAGCCAUGAUUGCCUUGCUACCUCAGACAUUAAUCAAUCACUCAUUGGUGUGACUGUCGAUUGAUUUCCAAAAUGGACGUACGCUUCCCAUAUCCCUGACAAUGACGUUGUGCUUCUGCCUUGUUUUCCUCAGCGGUUGUUUUGUUUUUCUACACGGUGUAUUUUGUGGUGUGCUCCCCCCCCUUCAGUGAAGUGCUAGAUUUGAACAUUACUGUAACACCGUAUUCUGAUCUAGUGAAGUCACCGAUGCUGUGCUGUUCUGAUAGAUCCAUUAGACCGACCACACUACAUGUAAUGAGGUUCCACACAUUUUAUUCGAAUAAAGUUUUUAUAAUGAGA